AUGCAAGCAAGCGGCAACAAACCCAUCUGGUGCAGUCCUUCACGAGACGAUGACAACCAGAGCCAAGAGCAUGUCCACACGCUGCUGUCGCUGCAUACACCACCAAUGAUGCGUUCACCCCAGGAGAAGGAGGCAGCCAGGCACUUCGACAUGCACAACAGCGUCAUCUCACUACUCAGCUCAAGCCCAGAAAGUUCCUCGGGUAGUGACACUAGUAGCACCGGCACAGACCGUAGCAACGGUCCCCACUACCUGGCAAAUAUCGAGCACCCGAUCUCAGCUCACGACGCACAUCUGGUCGUCCAACCGCCUUAUUCAAACAUGGAAUACCUCGACAACCAGGAACGUUAUGUCCAAGAGGGGAAAAUAUCAAUCCCCCUUAACACCAUGACCCAGGAGAAAGUCCAUCGCAAGCGUCCGGCACCCUCUCCAGUGCAAAUUCGCUUCAAUCCGAAGCAACCCGCCUCCGACAGCUGCUUGUCUACCCUUACUGGAGGCAAGAGCUCGAUGCUGGCAAAACUCGCAAGUAAUUUGUUGCAGCAGCUUGAGAAUGAAGCCACAGGCACAUUACUCGUGUACCAACCCACGUGCUUAGAUCACCACAACGACUCACAUCAGGAGAGCCGUCAACGACUCUGCGUGUUGGGUGGUCCAGAAGGCGUGCUGCACAAAGACCGGUUCAAAGAUCUCAAGUGGGCCAACCUGAACGAGCUGCGACCUGCACGACUCAACGACAUCUUGCGUGUACACACGAUCGAGUACAUUCAACAUCUUGAACGUGCAUGUGGUAAUUUACCAGAACAGAGUAAGAAAUAUCUGGUCGGAACGCUCUUCGACAAGGAAAAAGGCGACAAGGAGCUCACAUACGACGCAUGGCUUCAGACGAAGCACGCGCUGAAGUGCUUUGGAGUAGGAGAUCAGCCAUCUGGAGGCAGCUUCGACAUGGAUUCACCAAUCUCCAAGAGCAGCUACAUGGCGGCUCGUAUGGCUGCAGGCGCAGUGUGUCAUGCGAUCGAUAAAGUCCUCAGUAACGAGACAAAAAAUGCGUUUGUCGUUGUGCGACCACCGGGUCACCACGCGGGUCCAAAUGGAUGCGUCGAAGGCGAAGGGUUCCACCUCCGUCCAGAAAUGUGCACGUGUGGCUUCUGUUUGAUCAACAACGUGUGCAUCGGCGCAUCGUACGCCAUGAGCAACUAUUACACCCCGUACUACACCCAUCCAGCGGUAUCAAACAUGGCCUCAGAGACGUUGGUGGCCACAAGAAAGCGUGUGAAUGUCCAGCGUGUUGCUAUUGUGGACUUUGAUAUUCAUCACGGUAACGGUACUGAAGAAGUUAUCCGGAAUUUGAUCCCGCACAAGCAGAACUACCCACUUCCACCGAGCUGGGCACCUGUGCAGUUCUCUUCGUACAAACCGUGGCGUGAUGAGAGAGACCCGGAGAACGUCUUCUUCUCAUCAAUUCAUUUGUACGACGACGACAAUUUCUAUCCGUGCUCGGGUGUGGGACCACAUGGCUGUUCUCCAGAGCUGGAAAAGAGCAAGAACGUCGUCAACCUCCCGCUUAAAGUGCUCGGCCCCAAGUACCUGGACGAGCGAUUGAAGUUGUCGUCAAAGGCAAAGCGAUCCCUAAUGGAGAUAUCAUCGAAAGCUUUCCGUGAUACUGUGACCAAGAAGCUUGUACCAGCGUUAACCAAGUUCCAACCGGAUCUCAUCAUGUUGUCCGCUGGUUUCGAUGGACACGCCGACGACUUCUACUACUUCCUGAGUGAGGACGACUACGGCUGGAUCACAGAGCAAAUCACUGCUGUUGCUGAAGAUUGCUGUGACGGGCGCAUUAUUUCGGUGCUCGAGGGCGGCUACAAUGUUGUGCCUUCCAAGUGCCAGCGUCCGCAACCUAAGGCGCGUAAGAGUGCUAUCUCCAACUUCCAUUAUGCCGCUAAGAUGCACAACCGCCCCGUGGACGAGGAGCUCAACGCGUAUGGCUCACUAGCUCGGUCAGUUGCCUCACACGUCGCAGCUUUAAUGCGCGCGUCACAGAUUUAG